UUCUCAAAAACCCAAAUUUGACCAAAAAAGAAAAAUUUUCAAAACACCGAAAUUAACAAAAAGAAAAAAAAAGGUUGGUGAAAUGGGGGGCCGAGCCGCGUUCUCACCGCACCUGGCCGCAAUCGCGGUCGCAAUCGUAAUGACGUUGGCAAUCGCAACCGCGGAGGCGCGUAGGGUUAACCUGUGCAGCCACACGGCUUAUCCGUCGCUGUGUGGACCGUUGGUGAGGCGACUCAUCAGUCCGAGACGAGCCACCCAUCGCUUGAUCCGAGCCCUGGAGGCCAGAACCAAAACUUCCCUCGCCGAAGCGUCCAGGUACAAGAGCGGGAACCAAGCGAUCGCGACGUGCUACGCAACGUUCGUCGACGCGCUUAUAAACCUCCGAAACGCGAGAAAGAGUAUAAGGAAACGCAACGUGAAAGCUCUCAACACCUUCCUAACCGCAGCGGUCAGCGAUUACGGUGCGUGCGUAGACGCGUUCAUAGAAUCGCGGCAGAUAAACAACGUUCAAAACGCAGCCGAUACAUUAAGGAAGAUGGGGAGCAACUGCCUGUCGCUUUCUACGUUGAUUAGACGACGUUAAGUUAUUAAGAUCCAUAAAAUCUCUUUCAGUAAUCUCGAAAUCUGUAUUAACUAAUCCAUCCCCUCUAAACCCUAAGUUUCCGACAAAGGAACAAGUGUUUUAGGCACUUGUUUGUAAUAGUCAAGUACAACUUUUGUUCGUGAUUUGGUUUAUAUAAUCGCUUUCACGUGGUUCAAAUUUUGCUC